UAUAUUUUUAGACAUGUCUGUAUGUAAAAUGGAUGCUUUGCUUCUAUACUCUCUUCCGUUUUUCUACUUGGUAAAGAUAUCGACUGAAUUUUGCCUACCAUCAGAGGUAAAUGUAGAAAACAAAAGUGGAUGUUUGAAAUCCUGUCCACAGAAACUGUCCAUGUUUAGACAAACAUGCUACAACAAAUGUCCUAUCAAUACACAAGAAAUCCAAACAGAGCUUGGAAUAUUUUGUACCAUAGAGCAUGAUUUUGAAUGCCAACGCGCAUCUUGUCCGGAAAACUUUCCCAUGUGUUACAGAAUGAACUGUUUAAAGACUUGUCCCGAGUAUACUGUUAAGUUUAAUAACAACUGUAUUUUGAAAUGUCCCAGCAAUCAGUCUUUCGUGGUUUCAGCAGAUUGUGAAGGAGCUUGCAUGACCGGAAACAAAACAUGUUUAAGUUCCUGCCCAGUGUCCCAUCCAUUUAUAUUUCAAGCAUCAAGGUCCAAACAUUGCUUGCAACAGUGCCCUCCGUAUACUUUUGAAGAUGCAGUUAAUAAAGUUUGUCAUCUGAGUUGUCCGAGUAAGUCUCCACUUUUAUACAAUAGAACAUGUUAUGAGACAUGCCCUCCCUCCAAUCCAUUCAUACUAACCUUGACCACAGAAUAUAAUUCUAUCUCUCAAUGCUCAGACUCUUGUUCAGAAAAUGAUGUAUUGGAUGGACAAUAUUGCGUCAGUGCUUGCCCUAAAGGAAAACAUCUAUUAAACAAUACUUGUGUAGAAAACUGUCCUUUUUCGCAUCCUUUGAUGUAUCCAAACAUAGAAAGAAUUUUUAUAAAUUCUAUAAAAAACUUUGGUAAGGCAGAUUUUAUGUGUGUUGAUACCUGCAAUUUGGAAACUAAUUCUAUCAUCAAGUACAACUUGGAAUUCGAAAAGAAGUGUUUAAAAACGUGUCCUCAAAAUUCACAUUUUGCUUUUAAUGGCUCCUGUCUUUCGCUUUGUCCAGCGUCUCACAGGUUUAAUAUUGAUUACAGCAAUUACUAUCUGUGUGUGGAAUCGUGUCCUCAGAACAAGUUCAUUUCUAAUGAGACGAAUUGUCGUCACUCCUGUCCAAAAGAAGAACAUUUUAUGCAUAAUAAAACUUGUUACAAGCAAUGCCCAUUGGAUGCAAAGUAUCGAAAGUUAAACGUUUACCUAUCUCACUAUGAAUGUUUUGAAGAUUGUCCCGAAAACUCUCCACUGAUUUUCAAUCAAACUAUAUGUAUGGAAAAUUGUCCACAUGAGGCAAAAUACAAAAGUAAUGGAACAUGUGUUGCACAAUGUCAAGACGAGCUAAAAUAUGCAAUUAAGAUACGUACAGAACUUACAUUUUAUUACCAGAAGACAGACUAUUCUUGUGUUCAAAGCUGUCCAAAACAAUAUUUCAUUUCUGGAAACAAUUGUGUUAGAGAAUGUCCUCAAGACCAAAACCAUAUUUUUAAUCGCACUUGCCUCAAAACCUGUCCAGAAGCAUUCGGCUUUAGAGAACUCGAAAGAAGUCAUUACAAAUGCAUUGCAAAGUGUCCUUCGGAAACAUUCGUUUAUAACAAGUCGGAUUGUGUGCCUUCUUGUCCAACUGAAGCUCGUUAUCAAAAUAACAAAACAUGCGUUGCAAAUUGUACGGAUGAACGGAAGUACAAAUUCACCAAUUUUACCACUAUAAGUUUGAACUGGAGAGACACAAAGAAAAUAUACCAUCAUUUUUGUCUACCAGAUUGUCCAUCAGAUAGUCUCUAUUACCUUGAUAACUGUGUCAAAGAAUGUCCAAAGGAAGCGAAUUAUCUUUAUAACAAAACAUGCACCACAUCAUGUCCAGAAAAUAGAAAUUAUGCUUUUUUAACAGGAAAUUAUUACACCUGCUAUGAUGACUGUCCUGCUAACACGUACAUAUACAAUGAGUCUCUCUGCGUCUCCGUGUGUCCAGAUGAUAAGAAUUUCGAAUUUAACAGUACAUGUUAUGACAAAUGCCCAGAUUCAAGUGAUUUCAAACUUCACGAGGGUUUAUAUUUUAAAUGUAUGAAUUCAUGCACCUCUUUGUUAACGCUUAACAAAACAUGUUAUAAAAUCUGUCCCAGUGGGGCCAAAUUUCAGGAUGAUGGAUACUGUGUUCAGGAAUGUAAAGCCGAAGAAAGAAAGUACAGAUUUAAAAACGUAACCACAGUUUCAAACAACCAGAAAAUAGAUAAACAUUAUUGCUUACGUAAAUGCCCUGUGAACACAUUUGAUUUAAAUUUUACAUGUGUUUCCCACUGUUCUCCGGAUACGCUUGAACUUGGCAAUAAGUGCGUCCAGUCUUGUCCAAACGAUAGACCACUUAAUUAUACAUCAAGCAAGGGGAAACAUUCCUGUGUGUAUUCCUGUCCGUAUCAAACAUUUAAAUUCAAACAGAACUGCUUCGAUCAAUGUCCAUCCGGUUUUCGGAACCAUCUUGGUACGUGCAGACUGGAGUGUCCACAAUCACAUCCAUACACAGACAUAAUUACCCAAAAGUGCUUAAGCACGUGUGAAAACAAUUUUGUAAUUGUUGAUAACAAGGUCUGUGAUAAAAAGUGCCCUCAUGAUAAACAAUACAUUGAGAAAAAGGCGUGUGUGAAAUCUUGCAGAAAUCCAAAUUCAUUACUCCAAAAUGCCAAACAAGGGAUAUUUUGUCAUGACCAAUGUCCUCAUCAUUUGCUUCUUAUGGAAAACAAAGGGACCUGUGUUGAGAAAUGUCCUGAUAAUAAGCUUAUAGUUGGUAGUGUUUGCCGAUCUAUAUAUAAAUGUCCAAACCAUGCAUAUCUCGAACACACUGAUUAUGGCAAAAGAUGUACAAAUAGAUGUUCACCUACGUUUUUCCUAGAUGGCAGUCAUUGUGUCCAGGAAUGUCCACCAGAAAAGGUGAUUGUGAACGCGAUGUGUGCUGAUGAAUGUCCACCGAGUCAUCCGAUAACUUACAAGAAUUUCGGAUCUUCCAAGCCACGUGUUACGUGCUACUCAGUAUGUCCUGACAACUAUGUGUCAAAUGGCACAACCUGUAUUGAGGAAUCUGAUUGUCACAACGCGAAACAUUUCUCAUAUGAUCAUGUCUGUUACGAUGCUUGCCCAAGGGGUACAGGACUUUCUGGAGAUUACACAUGUGUCUCCUUAUUGCAAAAUAUAUUUAUUACAAUCGGUCUCAUUAUACUCACAUUGAUUUUGAUGGCAGUGUUUUAUUGUCUGACGUGUUUUACUGGAUGCAGACCGAAAGAAUUGAAAGAAACAAGGAUACAGAAAAUAAAAACACACUUUCAGUUGGUGACACGUAACAAAAACAAGGAGAAGAAUACAAAAUACAUCAUAAAUUUUAAAAAGGGAAAGCAAGAAACGGCCGAAAUUCUGGAGGUGAACGACGCAAACCAAACGGAUGGAGAAAAUCUCGAAGAAGUGGUGGAACUAAAUGAUGGGUUCAAACCAAUUACUUUUCGCAGGCGUAAUGUUUAAGUAAGAAUGAAUGGUAGAUUGAACAAUUUUCGUUUAAGAUAUUCAUUUCAUCUUUUAUGAAGGAUAUGGAGAUAACGAGUAAUAUUCAAUAUCGUAGUACAUAGAACAAUACAAAAUAGGAACAAAGCAAACACCGACCUCUAAAACAUCAGUGGUGGGAUCAGGUUCCAUGGAGGAGUGAGCAUCCCCUGCUGACCGGUCAGACCCACCGUGUGCUCCUUGUCAUGAUCGGAAAAAUUAAAAUAAAAAAAACACGGAAAAUUUUACUGAACAAUUUUUACAAAACCGGUUGUCUCUUUCGAGUAUUUUUGUAAUAAGU